AUGGAAGUUCACUCCCUUAACAAAAUCUCUGUGAUCUUUUCGUUUCUGUUUUUCGCAGUGGGUGCUGCAACCUUGGUAUUAGGCCAAGGAACGCGAGUUGGGUUCUAUGCAGCUUCAUGCCCCCGAGCUGAAUCAAUUGUGCAAUCUACAGUGAGAACACAUUUUCUGUCCGACCCUAAAGUUGCUCCGGGGUUGCUUAGGAUGCAUUUCCACGACUGUUUCGUCCAGGGCUGCGACGGUUCUAUCCUCAUUGACGGUGCAGGCACCGAGAAAACUGCUCCGCCUAAUCUUUUGUUGAGAGGAUAUGAAGUGAUUGACGAUGCUAAGAGCCAGCUUGAGCAAGCAUGCCCUGGUGUCGUUUCUUGUGCAGACAUUCUUGCUCUAGCUGCCCGUGACUCUGUUGUGCUGGCUGGUGGACCGGGUUGGCCUGUGCCAACGGGACGUAGAGAUGGCCGAGUUUCAUUAGCAUCCGAUGCCACAAAUUUGCCAGGAUUCAGAGAUUCCGUUGAUGUUCAAAAGCAAAAGUUUGCUGCAAAAGGUCUCGAUACACAAGACCUCGUGGCCCUUGUUGGGGGACACACAAUUGGAACGGUAGCUUGCCAAUUCGUCCAGUACAGAAUGUACAACUUCAAUUCCAGCGUGACGGUUGACCCUUCGAUCAGUCCCUCUUUUCUUUCUCAAUUUCAGUCACUUUGUCCGGCAAAUGGUGACGCCUCCAAGCGUGUGGCCCUAGACACCGGCAGUGAAAACAGGUUCGACAACUCUUUCUUCGGAAAUCUUCAGAGUGGUCGGGGUAUCCUAGAAUCAGAUCAAAUGCUGUGGACAGAUCCCUCCACCAGAACCCUUGUGCAACGAUUUUUAGGGAUAAGAGGCUUGCUUGGCUUGACGUUCAGUGCGGAAUUUGCAAGGUCCAUGGUGAAGAUGAGUAACAUUGGUGUUAUUACAGGCACUGAUGGUGAGAUUCGCAGAGUCUGCUCGGCUAUAAAUUGA